AUGGAAUAUGUCACAACUUGUAUCAGUCAAUUUCCUGAUGAAUAUUUUGGUAGUGACAUUAAAUAUUUAACUCAGAGAAUUAAAGAAUCAAUUGAAAAGACAUUUUUUAAUGGAUAUCCAUUCCAGGUUUGUAAAGGAAUAAUUCAUCAAAAUGAUUAUUUAGUUUUAUAUAUUCAAAAACCAGAAAACGGGAAAGCUGUGAAAUAUUUUAUAAAGAAUCGAUCAUUACAAAUACUUCAAUACCAAUAUGAGAAAGGGUGGGUUUUAAAUGUAGAUCCUCAAAUAAAAAAAGUCCUCAGAAGUGACGCACCAUACGGGUUUAUUUCAAAAUUUAUUGAAAUUAAAAAAUAA